UCAAAUAUAAUAUAGACAAAAUGAUUGCCAAGCUGCGCAAGAUUUAUCCCAGUGGAAAGGCGGUUAGACAUUGCCCCGCUCCAUGCUCCACAACGGACCUGAACGAUGCAGAAAAGGAUUCCAAUGUCAAGAAAAGGCGAGCCGAAUAUCUCGUCGAGCGAAUGCAGCGGCUGCUGCUCUUCCUGACCGUCUUCCUCCUUUUUCCCGUGGUGAUCUUCGUCAUCUUCAAGUUCUUGAUAAUGGAGCCGCUCUAUGGGAACAGCGAUUACAAUGUGGGCAUUGGAUCUGGCCUAGCCACUGUGAUUGUGAUGCAUGUCCUGGCCACGGGCUAUAUCCUGCGCCUGAUCUUCGUUCAGGAGAUUUCGAGCAUGGAGAAGCUGGAGUGGGAAGUUCUGGUGCCGCCAAACACCCAGUUUCAUGGAUCCGUGUUCAUUGUCCUGCUGCUGAUGUCCUACUGCUGCCUGAUCAUUGGCUUUCCCAUAGCCACCUUCUUUGCCCUGAAAUUCGUGGUGCUCAAGAGCUAUGCCCACAUCAAUGCCGAUAUUAUUUCGGCCAUUUGCACCGUAGUUGCCGUUCAUGCAGCAGUUGGCUUCUACAUCUACCGAGCCAUCUAUGCAAAGAGUGCCACGGCCAAAAGCGCCAAAAUAUCGCUGUAAAAUAAUUGUAUCUCUACCUUUCGACUAUCUUAGUUAUACCAAAUACAUCACAAUACUUUC